AUGUCCCGCCGUCGCGCUGCGCCGUCCACCACUGACGACACGCGCCGCGACGCGCCGCUGCAGGCCGUCGUGUUCGCCGACUCGUUCACGCAGACGUUCCUCCCCGUGACGCUCGAGGUGCCCAAGGUGCUCCUGCCGCUGGCCAACGUGCCCAUGCUCGAGUACGUGCUCGAGUUCCUCGCCGCGUCGGGCGUGGCCGAAGUGCUCCUUUUCUGCACGCGGCACGCCGACCAAUUGGAAGCGUUCGUGGCCACCACGUCGCAAGUGGCGCAGCGACUGCGCGUCACGUGCGUGUCGAGUCCGACCUGUCUCACGGCCGGCGACGCCCUGCGCGAACUCGACCGCCGCCAAUUGGUUCAGAGCAAUCCGUUCGUGCUCAUGAGCGGCGACGUCGUGGCCAACGUGGACUUGCAAGCGGCCAUUCGAGACCACAAACGCCGCACAAAGGCAGACAGUAACUGUAUCAUGACGAGUCUGUUCAAGCAAUUGCGGCCGAACGUGGCGACCAGUGUCCGGCCAGUGGACGACGCACUGAUUGUGGGCGUCGAUGCCGUGACGUCGCAGCUCGUCUUGUACGAGAACGAGCGCGAACGCACGAGCACGCGGCUGGACACUUUGUUCUUGCAAGACCACGCGCAGCUGGCGCUACGCCGCGACUUGCUGGACUGUUACAUUGACGUGUGCUCGUCGGAAGUGCUGCUGAAGUUUGCCGAAGAUUUUGAUUACCAGGAAUUGCGACGGGACUUUUUGCACAAUGAAGUGCAGAAUUACGAACUGGGCAAGAAGUUCUACGUGAACAUUGUGACGGACGAGUUUGCAGCGCGCGUGAUGGAUCCGCGGACAUAUGCAGGCGUCUCGCAGGCGAUUUUGCAGCGCUGGGUGUUCCCGAUGGUGCCGGAUGCAAAUUAUCUGGGGGCAGGCGCUGUGACGCACUAUGAGUACCUGCGUGGCAUGCGCUACAAGGACGUCAAUGUGUCGCUAGCAAGGACGUGCGACGUGCAGCGAGAGUGCAUAUUGGGGGCAGGAACGACCAUUGGAGAGCACACGCGCGUGCGCAAGAGUGCGAUUGGCAAGAAUUGUAUCAUUGGUGAACACGCGACCAUCGACGGCAGCUACCUAUGGUCGAGUGUGGUGGUAGAGGACGGAGCAGUUGUGACCGACUCCAUUUUGUGUGACGGCGUCGUGGUGAAACGCGGGGCCAUAAUUGGAGAAGGUUGCGUGCUCUCGUUUGGUGUCAUUAUUGGCGAAGGAUUCUCGCUGCCGCCAUUCACGAAAGUGACCAAGAGCUUUGUGCCAGUAGAGGAUGACGGGUUCUUCUCGGACGACGACGCGGGUCCUGUGGCAAAGGAAGAAGAGCCCGUUAGUGGUAGUGAUGCACCUGAUCAAUGGGAUUCGAAGGACGUUGGCACUGGCGGUGUCGGACGGAUUUGGACACUAGACGACGACGGCAUUGACGUCGAGUCGGACAGCGACGACGAAAAGCUCGACGAAGACGCGGCGAGAGUUCAAAAGCAGGCGCGUCGUUUGGAGAGACUUAAGUGCUCUCUUAUCGGGGCGCGUGAUGUUGUGAAAAAAACGAUGCGCCGCUAUGAGGAGUGGGACACGUUGAGCUCCUCUGGAGAGGAAGACGAAGACGGUGACGACUUGCUUGCUGACGCCAACGCGACAGUGCUGGAAGUGCCUUUCCAACAGAUUGUUCGUGAGAAUGUAUGCACCGGUGACGCAGCUGGACACAAUGUGGAUGAUCUCUUUAUGGAGAUCAAAAGCUUCAAGUUUGCGCAAAAUCGAUCGUUCGCCGACGUCAUUGGUGCGAUCGUGCCAGGUCUUCUAGAUCUGGUCCCGACGGGUAAGGAGCAGUCGGCAAUGGCUAUCUUGGGUCAUGUGCGGUCGAAUUUCCAGAGGUGGAGCUCGGUCAUACAGCGCUGUAUCGUGGAGCAGGAAGACCAACUUGCCGUCGUGAAUGCGCUGGAAAGCUAUUGUGCAUCCCCAGAGGAACGUCGGACGUUGUGGCUUCCGUUGUUCCGCUUUUUGUUGCAGACUGUGUACGACCUCGAGUGGGUAGGAGAGGACGUGAUUUUGGAGUGGCACAAGACCAUGCAGGCUACAGAAACAUCUGUUGACACGCUUGCGUCUGCCUCACAGAAAGACGUGCAAGAGUUUAUUGACUGGCUGCAGCAGUCCGACAGCGAUGACGACGACAGCGGCGAUGACGACGAGUCGGACGAGGAUUCGGGCGAGUGA